CUUCCCUAGAGCUCUGUCCUUGGAUCCAGCUUUCUCAGGCUGGUGCUGAAGGUCCUAAGUCAGCCUCACCAGCCAGCUCUGUUUACCUGGACCCACAUGAGCGUUCACAGGCCACACGACCCUCCACUCCCUGUGCAGACCCUUCUGAGCCUGGGCUCACCGGCUGAUCCAUUGUCAACCGGAGCUCAUUAAGCCCCCCUCAUCUGUCCCGGAGCCUACAGAGCCCUUCCCAGAGCCCUCUGGGCGAGCUCUGCAUCCGCGUGGGAGCGGGUGACCCAACUCCCACAUACCUUCACUGCUGCCCUUAACUGACUUCCACAGUUCAUACCCACGGAGAGGGUGGGAAAUGAGAGCUCAGGUUGGCGCUGAGCCUGGGCCUUGUGUGGUAGGGUUGUCCAAGACAGGAGGAGGCCUAUUGAGGGUGGGAUCCUAGGACUGAAGAGCUUGUCAGGACCGCAGAAGGAGCGCCCCCUGCGAGGAAAAGCAGACCAGGUGGUUCGUCACAAGGGACCCCGCUACUCGGCAAGAGUAGUCACUAGGUAGAAGGCGGCCCCAGCAGGGCCUGCCAUCAUCUGCUUUAGGGAUCUGCCGUGGCAGCAGGAACCCUGCUCAGUUCCCUUCCUGCACCUUGCCCCACAGCCCUAGUCGAGGGAACUGCAACCUGCUGUACUUAGAGAUGGACAGCAGGCAACAGCGCCCCCAGAGGAAGACGCUACAGUGGCAGCUUGCUCAAGAGCAAAGACAACAGUCACCCCCACAGGGGCUUGCCGUGGCCUCCAGCCAGCCAGACACCAAGAGCAAGCCUCAGGACGACUUGCAGACCCAAGACUGGGUGUGUGAGCCUCAGGAACUCAGGCGCCCAGGAAGUCGCUGGAACAUCAGCAUCGAUGAGCGCAGGCGGCUGGCCUUGCAGCGUAUGCAGGAGAGGACAGACACAGCCAGGGCCCCAUCCGGAGACCCGCUGGGCCUGCACCCUGAGGGCCAGCAGACCGAAACCUCCCCAUCGACCCAGUCUGUCCCCACCCCUCCCCUCCAGGCCUGUGAGACUAUGGCUGAUCCCCUGCAGGACAUCGCGCAUGUGUUGGCCGAGCUGAUGUCUGAGGGUGUAGAGAGAGAUGUACUCAUUUCUCAGCCUCUAAGAUCUACCGAGAAUUCUAAUGCCUUCCAGGACUUCUUGGCCCAGGACGCGCCUCUUUGGAAGGAUGAGAAUUUUGAGGCCCAGACCUCAAGAUGGCCUCACUCCUAAGAAGCAGCUCUGCUCAGCCCAGUA